AUGGGCUGGUGGAAAGCAGACCCAGUCCCCGAACCUCCCUCUUCGUCUCCGCUCCCCCCACCUCCUUCACACCCUCUUCCCACCUCUACAUCGUCAUCAUCAGCAGCCGCCGAGUGCCCUGUCGACCCUCAAACCCGAUCGAUAUGGCUCCAACAAGCGGUAGCCCAACAACAACAACAACAAAAGAAGAUACAAGCAACAACAGUACUUCAUAAACAACAAGAGCUUCCCCCGUCACACCCGCCUAUAAACCCACACACUUUAAAGUCCACCACUCCAGAACAAUGCUCCUCAGACCGGAUAUCCCAAUCAGCUUCCUCCUCCUCCGAAUCAGCACCAUCAAAUAAAACAGUGCGGCCCACCACAAAACACACUUUAUCACACGAACGAGAAAUCUCAACCAUCCCACGCGCCCAACCCCCCUCCAACACCACUUCCACCCCCACUCCCUCGCCAUCCAACUCGGAACAAGAGACCGGCACCUCCACCAGCGGGCACUGGAUCUACCCGUCGGAGUCGCAGUUCUACAACGCCGUGCUGCGCAAACAGACCGCCACAUCGUCCUCACCCACGGAACUCGCACAAUCUAUGUCCGCCAUCAUCCCCAUCCACAACGCGGUCAACGAGCGCGCCUGGACAUUGAUAAAGGCCUGGGAAGGCGACAGCAGCGCAUCAUGCGGAGGACCAAAGUUACUCUCGUUCAAAGGGCUGGGCGCGGGUGCAUUGAGUCCGAAGGCGAGGAUGAAGACUUUCGUCGGGUACAUCGAGCCGUUUGAUCGCCAUGAUUGGGUGGUGGAGAGGUGUGGUGGCCAGACGGUCGAGUAUGUGAUUGAUUUCUAUCAGGGCAAGGCGCCGGAUUCCGGGGCUGCGGCCGCUGCGGGUAAACGGGCUCGCCAACAACAGCAGCAGUUAAAUUUUUAUCUUGAUGUGAGACCCAAGUUGAACAGUCUGGAAGGUUGCAGAAUGAGGUUUGAGAGGUUUAUUGGCUGGCGCUGA